AUGCUGGGGUACAGGAAGAAUGUCCUCUACCCCCUGAAACUAUUCAUCAGGAAGGCCAUUGUAGGCAUCAUCCAGUGUGUUGUGCUAGGAGACUGCAGGAUCUGCAAAUAGAAGACAGCCUCUCUCUCUCCUCUGCAGGCCCGGGACAGGAAGCCAUGGACUGUGUGUGUGCCUCUAGAGCUUGCCUGCUUCUCUUUCAUGGAACCCACCGCCUGGUGCCCGGGCUUCUCUGACCACUAUUGUUGAGAAAGGAAAGUGACUCCAAAGCGCCUGGUGCUUUCCACCGAGUUUGUGAAGUCCAGCUGACUGGAAGUCCUUUUGGAGCAGCCUAGCAGUGUGAGCACAGUCGUGACUGCCCCAUCAGCCAUGUCCUUCAGUGCCACCAUUCUCUUCUCCCCUCCCGGUGGCAGUGAGGCCAGAUGCUGCUGCUGUGCCUGUAAGAGUGAGACUGGUGGGGGCAGCACAGGCUCUCAGGGUGGGAAUCCUCCUCCCAGCACCCCCAUCACAGUGACAGGACAUGGCCUGGCCGUUCAGAGCUCAGAGCAGCUCCUGCAUAUUAUCUACCAGCGGGUGGAUAAGGCAGUGGGUCUGGCUGAAGCUGCUCUCGGUCUGGCCAGGGCCAACAAUGAGUUGUUAAAACGUCUCCAGGAGGAAGUGGGUGAGCUAAGGCAAGGGAAAGUGUCCACCCACGAUGAAGAUGGGGAAAGCCGGGCACAUAGUUCCCCACCUGAGGAACCUGGGCAUCUCAAGGAGAGUCCUGGAGAAGCCUGCAAGGCUCUGUCUACCGUGGAGGAAGAGUGUGACAGCGUGGGCAGCGGCGUACAGGUGGUGAUUGAGGAGCUGCGGCAGCUGGGAGCAGCCUCUGCCGUGGGGCCUGGGCCUUUGGGCUUCCCAGCCACUCAGAGAGAUGUGCGGCUCCCGGGAUGUGCGCUGGCAGCCAGUGAGGGGGCCUCCCUGCUCAAUCCCCUGGUGGAUGACUUUGUGGCCUCUGAGGGUACAGUACAGCGAGUGCUAGUCCCUGCUUAUGCCAAGCAGCUCUCACCAGCCACACAACUGGCUAUCCAGCGGGCAACCUCAGAGACAGGGCCAGAAAAUGGAACCAAGCUGCCACCACCCCGCCCUGAGGACAUGCUCAAUGUUGCUGCUGCGUUGGAUGGUGCCUUGGAAGAAUCAGGUCCUGGGAGCACCGGGGAGUUAAGACACUCUCUAGCAUUUACUGCUUCCCCAUGCAGGACCAAAGGGAGCGGGCAGAAGAAUUCCAGGCGCAAGCGGGAUCUGGUACUCUCUAAAUUGGUCCACAAUGUGCAUAACCACAUCACCAAUGACAAGAGAUUCAAUGGGUCUGAAAGCAUCAAGUCCUCUUGGAAUAUUUCAGUAGUAAAGUUCCUUCUGGAAAAGCUCAAGCAGGAGCUGGUCACCAGUCCCCAUAAUUACACUGAUAAGGAACUUAAAGGAGCCUGUGUGGCAUACUUCCUUACUAAGAGGCGUGAGUACCGCAAUUCCCUGAACCCCUUUAAAGGUCUGAAGGAAAAAGAGGAGAAGAAACUUCGAAGUCGCCGAUACCGGCUUUUUGCCAACCGAUCCAGCAUCAUGAGGCAUUUUGGACCCGAGGACCAACACCUGUGGAAGGAUGUGACAGAAGAGCUGAUGUCAGAUGAAGAGGACAGCCUUAAUGAGCCAGGUGUUUGGGUGGCCCGCCCUCCCCGAUUUCGGGCCCAGCGCCUCACAGAGCUCUGCUAUCACCUGGAUGCUAACUCUAAGCAUGGCACCAAAGCCAACCGUGUAUAUGGGCCUCCCUCAGACAGACUACCUUCUGCUGAAGUCCAGCUCCUUCCACCAGAACUUUACAAUCCUAAUUUCCAAGAAGAGGAAGAUGAGGGAGGUGAGGAGAAUGCACCUGUGUCCCCAUCUUUUGACCAACCCCACAAAACCUGUUGUCCUGACUUGAACUCCUUCAUUGAAAUCAAGGUGGAAAAGGAUGAAUGAAAUCUGUAGCUGCAAAUAACUUUGGCUUCUGCCACUCCACAUGUCCAAAAAAUGGGCAGCCAUGGGGCUUCCCAGAAUGAGAUAUCCUCUGUCUUCUUAACACAGUCUCUGUUGGAAGUGGAAGCGAGAAGGAAGCUUCUAUGGGAUAAAAUAAUUUAUUUAGAAGGGGAGAAACUCCCCCCACUGUGAAUGGAAAGCCAGAAAAUGGUUAUUACUCAGCAUAAAACAGUGCCUCGGAAGAGCCUGAGAUGAGAAAAGGAGGAUGAGUCUAAGAAACAUGAGGCCUUCUUAACA